CCCCAACCCGCCCCCGGGCCGGCGAUCGUCCGUUUCGUCCGCUCGACGCCAUUCCUCUAUCCAAUUUCCUUUUCCUUCUCUAAUUCGAAGGUAACGAGGAUGUCGAUGGAGGAAGCGAAGGUGGUGAUCCCCGAGUCGGUGCUGAAGAAUCGGAAGAGAAAAGCGCAUAGGGCGCUGGCGAAGAAGCAGGAGCGCGAGAACCGGGAGCUAAUCUUCACCCGCGCCAGCAGUACGCCAAGUAGCACGAGGCACAGGAGAAGGAGCUGAUCCGAUCGUAGAGGGAGGGGAGGAUGAAGGGUGGAUUCUACGUCAGCCCGGAGGCCAAGCUUCUAUUCAUCAUCCGCUUCCGAGGCUCCUUCGACUCAGACAGGUAAAGAGUCAAGUCGCCAUCUUUCAGUUUGGUGUAGUUUCACUACUACCCACGCUUGUUAGUGCUAUGUUGCAGACAAUCAACAGUGUAUUUCUGAAAGUUAACAAGGCCACGAUGAACAUGUUGCAGACGGUGGAGCCUUAUGUGACAUGUGGGUACUAAAUGCUAUGCUCUCCGGGAUUCAUUUGUAGCAUUAUUAUGCUCAGUUUAGUUAGACACAAGGUUUGUCGUGUUCGGUAUGGGCGAUAUAUACUUGUCUAAUAGGAGGACCGAUAUAGAUGGUACAUACUGAUUUGUCAAUACAUUCUACCAUACCAUGUGUUAGUACAUCAGUAUAAUUUGGUACAUGUCAAUAAGUUGGUUGGUACAUUGGUACGGACUGGUAAGACAAAUCAUGAUUAGACAUAUUCUAAUAAAUAAUGUGUCUCAGGUAUCCUAAUCUUAAGAUUGUUAGGGAAUUGAUUUACAAGAGGGGAUAUGGAAAGUUGAACAAGCAAAGAAUUCCUUUGGCAGACAAUUCAAUCAUUGAGCAUGGUUUGGGGAAGUAUGGUAUUAUCUGCAUUGAAGAUCUUGUCCAUGAGAUCAUGAUAGUUGGUCCACACUUUAAGCAGGCAAACAAAUUCCUUUGGCCCUCCAAGUUGAAGGCGCCACUGGGUGGCCUGAAAAAGAAGAGAAACCACUAUGUUAAAGGGGGAGAUGCUGGAAACCGGGAGGAUCACAUCAAUGAGCUUAUCAGAAGGAUGAACUGAUUUCUGAGUUUGUUCUGCAUGUGUUUGUUUAUGACAAGAGGUGAAUCAUUUAAAUUUAGGCUUUUAGCUAAGAUUUGACUGGUACCCAAGCUCUGCGGUUUUGAGGCUUUUGAAUCAAUUGUUGGACAUGUCGCAUAUACUGAUGUUUUUAUUGAUCUUUUCCUUCAUAGUACAUUUUCAAUCAUCUCUUGGGUAAUGUAUGCUAUGAAUGUCAUUUGUUGGAAAUUAGUUAGUAUUAACUUUUAUUAUGAAAAUAGCAUUUGUUUUCUCUUAUGGUGCCUACUUUUCAUGUAGUCUUAUUAAAAAAAUAAAGUUUGAAUAUAAUGCUAGUGUUCUGAUUGUGUUUUCUCAUUGUUUUUUCAUUCCCAGUAUGGUCUCUAUGCCUUGGUUUGACCCUUUUAUGCAAGUAAAGUUAUAAAUGUCAAGGACAUGUAUGCUUGAAAACAGGUUGAUGAGAAUUAGGUGAUGGUUGUUGGAACUAUUGAACACUAAUAGAUGUGGCUUUUUUAAGCCUUCAAACUUGGUUAAAUCUGUCAACUGUUGGAUGUACUCCUCUUAGAAAUUAUUAGCUUAUACUUUGGAAACCCUUGAUUAAUCUUGACAAUAUUUGUAAGGAAAUUGUGAUGCAGGCAGGAGAAAAAUGUUCCAUUCCUUCGGGUGUCAAGAACACAAGACUAACCUGAGGCUGUCUCCUUCAUGGGCAUAUUUAGGACUAAACUUGAAGCCCUCCCCUCAGGUUUUGUUUUCUUCCCUGCAGAAUGCAGAGGUUUCCUUGCAACUUCUCAAUGUGCACCUGAAAACACGUAUGUAUGAUAUGUAGAGGAGACAUUUUAAUGGUCAAGGUGAAGUAAUUACAAUGCAUAUAUUCAAAGAACGC